GUGACAAUGUGGCUGUCACAUGCCAGAGGGACUGAGAACAGAUAACUGGGGCAACUGCACAUGUCGUUAUUUUUUGCGUAUACAUUUAGAAUUCGUGCUCCAGUCUAGGCUACUACAUAUGGGACAUCAAACGGCUAUUACUCCACACGAGGAAAUUUCACUGGCGGUGUUUGCGCCAGACUUCGCUAUUACUAAAAUCAUUUGAGGAGGGUGAAGAUGCCUUUUCACCAUGUAAGAGCAGGGCUGCUCUACACAGACAACUUCCUGAGCAACUCUCUCUCUGAAACCAGUGAAGAGCAGCUGGCCAACAUCUCCACAGAAGAGCUUAGUGAGAUAAGAGAGGCAUUCUGUGUUCUAGACAGGGAUGGGAAUGGAUUCAUCUCUAAGCAGGAGCUGGGUAUGGCCAUGCGCUCUCUGGGGUACAUGCCCAGUGAGGUGGAGCUGGCUAUUAUCAUGCAGAGACUGGACAUGGACGGUGAUGGACAGGUGGAUUUUGAUGAAUUUAUGACAAUACUGGGACCCAAACUCCUUUCUUCUGAAACCAGAGAGGGCUUCCUAGGCAGCACUAUAGACAGCAUAUUCUGGCAGUUUGACAUGCAACAGAUGUCCCUGGAGGAGCUCAAACACAUCCUAUUCCAUGCCUUCAGAGACCAUCUCACCAUGAAGGACAUCGAGAACAUCAUUAUCACAGAGGAAGAGAGUUUGAAGGAGAACUCAGGAAACUGCCAGACUGAAUUUCAGGGAGUGCAUUCUAAAAAGAAGAACAGGCAGACAUGUGUCCGCAAGAGCCUCAUCUGUGCUUUCGCAAUGGCAUUCAUCAUCAGUGUCAUGCUAAUCGCAGCCAAUCAGAUGUUGCGCAAUGGCAUGGAAUAGCCCACUCCACUGUGAACCCUGGGUGAUUCGACCUCUACUGGUACUGUACAUCCUGAGAAACAAGUAUCAGAAACUGCUAAAGCAAUUCCACUUUUUUUUCUUAUCAUCCAGAGAAUGCAUAUAAAUUUGAAAAUCAAGCUCCCUUUAAUUUAUAUUAUAGCACGUACACUGACAACAACAGUGAGGGAUCAUUUCUCCUCCAUCAUCAGUUUGACAGGGACACGCAAGGGCUCCUCACUUGAUACAGUUGAAUGCAAUAACAUCC